CGUUUCACUUCUUGUUUCAGAUUUUCAUGUUUUAUUGUAUAUAUUUAUAUGUUUUAAUAAAGAUUCUUAUUUUCAUGAUUUUUAUAAUAAAAGUUCAUUUCUAAGUUUUAUAACUUUACAGAUAUCUGAUUUCACAUGGAAAAAUAUAGUUUCGUAACUUUUAAUCUUCAUAGCAUUGUUUGGUAAAAUUAAGUUACAUAAAGAAUUUACAAGUCAAUUAACAAAGACUUUUUCACAAUAGAUAGCAAAUAAAGGAUUACAUAAUUUAGUACAAUUUCCUUCUCAAUAAUUUAGAUAAUCCGUCCCUUAGUGACAUAUGUGAGUCACAUGAUUCACAGCGUUACCUUAAGUAACCUUGAGGUACCCCACAGGAUUAUUUAAUGUUUUUCCUUUGUUAAUCAAAAGAAAUUUCCCUAAUUAACCUCGCCUGGAAACCAAGCUUGAUACCUGGACAAACGUUUCUGGUCACUUGCAUUCGUGACCAGCAAAGAAUAAACAUCUAUUUUUAUACAAGCUUGUUCUUAUUCCAGUAUCCUAAGUUCCAGUUCAGUGCAGUUCCAGCACACGUUCAUACAAGCAGUACACGGUCACUCACACUACAUAAACAAACACCAGCAAGUCCAGUAACUCUGUAUUACCCUACCCAAACAAAGUUCACAGAUUGGUGGAGCGUCAAAAGAUAACGGUACCUAUGCCAAAAUCCGGACCAGAACAGAAAGGAGCCACUCCAUUGAAUUCCAUCCAUCCUGCUACAAGAUCCUUCUCAAAACAGAUAACAGAAGAAGAACCAAUCCAAAAUCUUAUUCAACAAGAUAUAGGUUUGAUACUGUUAGAUAACAACAGUGAUACAACAACCGUUUCAUUUAACACUGAUUCAGGCGAAGAAUCAGACAUUGAAGAUAAUAUUUCAGAAAUUUCCAACAAUUCAAUUUCUUUCAACUUAAAUUUAGAUUCAGAAAUGGCUUCAGGUCCAUCUUUACAAAAAUUCAGUGAUGAAAGCUGUUGUGUGCCAGCAAUAUGGUGGAAUCUUUUCGAAUCAUAUAGAGCGUUACAUAAUGUUGACAAUAAUAAGGCAUUGUGGGUUUUGCCUUUACAACUUACAGGGCAUGCCUCUCUGUGGUUUCAUAACCUUGAUGCAAACACUAAAGGCGAUAUUGGUAAUUUGAAAGCAGCCUUUUUAGCCCGAUUUUCAAACACAAAAACUAAUCAACAGAUCUACAAACUACAGCAGACAAAUACAGAAAGUAGUCAAGCAUAUUUGGCUAGAGUUCAACAAUUAGCCAUGGGAGCUGAAAAUUUAGGGGAAGCAGUAAUUGUUGACAUUGCCGUCAAUGGUUUAAAACCUAGUUUAAAGCAAACCGUCAUCCAAAAAUCACCUAAGACUUUUGAACAAUUGAGAAAUUCUUUAGAAAUAGCUACUAAUGUGGCUGAAUGUGCUAGUUCUAGCACACCAUGUACAUCACAAGACAUUAAUGCUAUGUUUUCUUCUUUUUUAGAAACUAUGAAAUCUGCUGUAAAGCGGGAAGUGACUGAAGUGAUGGCUGUCACGCCACAUUCUAUGCCAACUCAGAAUUUUCGAGAAAGACAAGUUCCAACACAAUACAGACAAGACUAUGUGUGCUUUGGUUGUGGAACCUUAAGUUUUGCCACAGUCUUAGUAUGGAUGCUUCUGCUGAAUGUUUUAGCUGUGAAUGCAGAAAAGGAAAAACUUGUGCAACGCACAAAUUAUGGAGUUACUUUUGUCAAAGAGGCGGAUAUAGUCUUUGGAAGCGAACACUGGUUUCACACAUUCGAGAUUUCUAUUCCACAUAAGAUUCAUAAAUUCUCCUAUCCAUCAUGUGAAAUUAUUCAUCAAAACUGCUUCAUUCUCAAUCAAGUUAUUUCGCAUUUGUCUGCAUUGAAAACAGACGUUGCUUCAAAUGUUAAUAGUACUGUGGAGAUAAUUCAUAAGCUUAUUCCAAAAGCGUAUUUCAAAAUUAAUACAACAAGUACACAAAGUAGGAGUAAAAGAGGAUUAUUCAAUUUCAUCGGAUCCAUUUCCAGAUCUCUAUUCGGCACAGCAACAGUGAAAGACGUUCAAAAGUUAGCCAGACAUGUUAACAUUCUGAUAAACAGAAAUAAUAAAUUUGCUAAAGCAAUGACAGAACAUGAUCAGUUGCUGUCAUCCUUCAUGUCAAAAACUGAUGAAAGAUUUCAAAAUAUUGUUUUAGGUGUUCAGCAAAAUCAUGACAUCAUGGAGAACCUUACUUCAGAAACUUCAAAAUUUGUUGCACACUUUGAAGAAGUCAGUGUAAAACUGUCAAAUUUACUUAUUGAUCAGAUGAAUUUAUCAUCAUCUGUUAACAAAUAUUUAGAAGAAUUGAAAAUAGGGAUACAUGAAAUGGUAAAGGGAAAUUUAUCACCUUUUCUCAUUUCUCCAAAUAUUUUGAAAAAUACACUCAAGCAUGUCCAGCUUAUUCUAAAUGAAAAGUUCAAAGGAUUCUACUUGUUAAAUACUGAUCCUGCAUAUUAUUAUUCAUCUUCACAAUUGUUGUAUGCCAGAAAUCAUUCUACUUUAUAUGUUACUUUGAAAUUUCCAAUUUCUACGUUUUCAACGCCUCUUGCAUUAUAUAGAGUAAACUCAUUUCCAGUACCUAUCAAUUCGUCAAGCAAUCAUGGCACCAAAAUUAUGGACCUUCCUGAAUAUUUCGUUGUUACAAGUAAUAAUCAAUAUUACAAUCAUAUCUCUUAUUCUAGAAUCAGUUCUUGUACAGGAAAAACAACAUUAUAUUGUUCCUAUAGUUUACCACUUGUGUCAACAGUUUCAAAAACUUGCAUUUCUUCUCUGUAUUUUAAUUCAAAACAAGAUGUUCAUGAACAUUGUGAUUUUAGAUUCCUCAUGAAUGUUAUCAAACCUACAGUUGAAGAAAUUUAUGACAAUACUUUACUAGUGUAUAAAAUGAACACUCUUGCAUUUGAGUGUCCAAGCAAACAUAAAAUAGUUGAAGGCUGCAAUUUUUGUUUUAUCCAAAUACCUUGUAUGUGUUCACUGUCCACAGAUUCUUUGUAUAUUCCAAAGAAAAUAGAAAAAUGUACAAAUUAUAAAGACACAGUUACUGUUCUCCAUCCAAUUAACUUAGCAUUAAUUCAGCAUUUCUUUGAUUCUGACACUUAUUCAUCCAUUCUAGGAGAUACUACCUUCACCAAACAAAUUAAUAUUCAAAUACCUGCAAUUAAUAUUUUUAACCAUUCUUUUUCUAAUAUUAUUGCACAAGACCAUAACCUUCACCUAAGUUUAAAACGCAUCGCACAAGCUACCCUUAAACAAAAAACUGUCUUCAAAUCACUCUCUGAACCUCUAAUUAAUGGUGAUAUUUCUAUGGAUGACUCAUGGCUUGAUCUUAAUACCAUUCUAAUUAUUUCUUCUCUAUGUGUGUCAGGUCUACUUGUCAUUGCAUGUAUAGUACUUUUUAACAAAAUUCGCAUUCUAACAGCCACACUUCUAUUGCUUCAAAAGAUUCCUCGUUCACAUAGUUUAUCCAAUCCUUCUCCCUUACCAUCCUUUAUUUACAAGCACCUUGCAACAACUACUGAAUCCUCGCAUGUUCAAAGCAUUUUUAAUACACAAUGUAAUCCUUGGCCUUUUGUUGCUCUGUCUUUUACCAUGACUUUGGCCUUAGUUAUUGUUUCGAUUUAUUUCUUCAAAAAGUUCAACAACAGAAACCAUACAAAAGUAGUACUGGAGAUCACAAAUGGGUUAUCAUGUAUAACAAUACCCAUCAUUACCCUAUCACUUUGUCCAUCAGAUUGGGAUAUUACUGCCCCAAACUGUAUUCAAAAUAUGAGAAUAUCUGGAACAUUUUGUACAAGACUACAUGCAGAUUUUGAUAACUUUUCUAUUGUUAAUAUAAAUACUAAACAUGAAAUUCCCAUUCCUGAAGAUAUUUCAGUAAAUCCCUAUACCGCCAGUAGACUUAAAAAGAUGUUUGGUACUCCCUUCUUCUGCCAUGUUUUAAUCACACACCACAAUUACUUUACAAGAAUAAAGUAAUAAUUUAUUCAUAUACUACUAUAUUUUUAUUGAUGGACAUAUUCUUAUACUUGUGCAUGACUUGGUACAAUCUUAGUCUUCUUGUUUUUAUUGUUGAUCUUAGUCAAGAAAUUCAAAUUUUGCUUAAUUGGACAAAACCAUCCAAAAUUUUUUUAAACUUUUCGAAUAAAUUUUCAGUUCAAUAUUCAUGAUGGUAAAUUUCAUUCUUUGCGGACAAAGAAUUUUUCAGCGGUGAGGGAAUAUGUGACAGCGGAAAUUCACGUUUCACUUCUUGUUUCAGAUUUUCAUGUUUUAUUGUAUAUAUUUAUAUGUUUUAAUAAAGAUUCUUAUUUUCA